AUGACUAGUUCUACAGUAACAAGUAAAUGUUUAUGUGGUCAAAUAAGUGUUUCUGUUCCACAAGCUGCACUUAAUAGAACUGAAUGUGUUGGUUUAUGUUAUUGUAAAAAUUGUCGUCAAAGUAGUGGUGGUUUAGCAUCAUAUAAUCUUUAUUUACCAGAAAAAGAUGUUACAAUACAAGGUCAACCUAAAAUAUAUGAAGAUAAAAAUACAGAUAGUGGAACAAAAAUACAACGUGCAUUUUGUGGCAAUUGUGGUUCACCAAUCUAUGGAAAAAAUCCAGGAUUUGUUGGUCUCAUGGCUGUAAGAUUGGGCAUGUUCGAUGAAUUACCUAAGCCUGGUAUGGCACUCUAUUGUAAAAGACGUCCAGAUUGGGUUAAAUCAGUUGAUGGUAUGCAAGAAAAUGAAAUUAUGCCAACAAUGACAGAAGAUUUUAAAGUUUGGUUACGAACAAUUGGUGUAUCAAUAUAA